CUCGCCCGCAUCUCGAGCCCCCCAUGCGAGGUACCAACACGCCGCGUAAUACAAAAACCCCAGAUUUUCCUUUCAUCCUAGGCUCAGUUGCUCCGCCACAAGGUUUUUCCAGCUGUUCACGCAAUAUGAUUCCCGGAACUUGGGUAGAUUUUCCGAGAGUCAGAUGUACUAUCCGCUUCGGGCUAUCUAAGUUCCACCUAUAGAUGCCCAUGCCGAUGGUUGGACGGACGCUUUCCGCCAUGCAUUCUGUUCAUCGACUGGCCUUUUGUUGUACGAUGGGCUUUCCAUUCGUGCGGUAACUAUGUACUGUACUUGCUUUUUUCGCCAUCGGAUAGGAUGCCGCACUGU